CUUUUCAUCAAUAUUCGGCGGCAGCGGAUACUUCGAUAACCAAUCCGACCAGCUAUUCGGCGAUAAGCUGAACAGCGCUAGACGUUGUAAAAGAAGAUUAAAUCCGAAUCGAAUCAGUAGACGUUCUGUAGGCAAGCAGCAUGUUAAAACUGAGCAUCAUUUUAUUUGCGAUUCCAGCGGUGGUAUUCGCGGUGACCCCAGCCCCCUGCGUCUUUCACGACGGUCCUCUACCCGUUGAAGUCCGAGUGGUAGGAUGCCCGACGACCGUUCCCCAGCAGCCGUGUGUAGUCCCGAUCGGGUCUGUGGUUGACAGCGAAAUUGACAUUAUUUUGGAACGCCCGACGACUACGCUGACUGCUUCAUUGGACAUGUUUUUGGGCAACUUUAGAAUACCGUGGAGCCUCCCGGAUGAUCAAACCAAUGCCUGCGCUGCUCUCGUACAAGCGAGUUGUCCUCUGCUUGCUGGCGAUGAGCUUACCUACAAUCUGGUGACGGAAGUUUCGGCCCCUUUCGCUGGCGUUACCGUUGACAUGGAACUAAUGCUCACCGAUGACCAGGGCCUGCCAGUGUUUUGCUAUCGCUCCCAGGCCACCGUCGUUGCAGCUUAGACGCACAACUUUUAUCGAACUGUCAUUAACCUUUCAUUCGGCCACGAUAGACAGUGCUAGCAGCAAAGUGCAAUCCCUGCUUUACCUAAAAGCUUGUAGCCCAGCAGUAAAAAGAACAAGUGUUAUGGAUUGAAAA